CCGGCUAGGAACCUGUCAUACGAUGUAAACAUACAACACAUACAUGUGUUUUUGACAUAAACUAUAUAUAGUAAACUAUUUUACUAGGAAAUCAAUUGCCUAAAAAUGUUUUAUUUAAUAGGAUUAGGUUUAGGGGACGCUAAAGAUAUAACUGUAAGAGGUUUAGAAAUAAUCAAAAAGUGUGAUAAAGUUUUACUUGAAGGUUAUACUUCAAUACUUACUGUUGGCAAGGAAGCUUUGGAAGAAUAUUAUGGAAGACCUCUAAUACUAGCAGAUCGAGAACUAUGCGAAAGCAAUAUAGAUGAUACAUUGAAAGAAGCAAAAAUAAAGGACAUAGCACUGCUAGUUGUUGGUGAUCCAUUGGGAGCAACAACACACACUGAUAUGCUUCUCCGCGCUAAGCAAUUUGGUGUUGAAUCACAGAUUAUACAUAAUGCAUCAAUAAUGAAUGCUGUGAGCUGUUGUGGUUUGCAACUGUACAGCUUUGGGGAAACAAUUUCUAUACCAUUCUGGACCGAUAGCUGGAAACCAGAUAGUUUCUUUGAAAAAAUACUAGAAAACUACUCCAGAAAUUUGCACACCUUAUGCUUAUUAGAUAUUAAAGUGAAGGAGCCAACUGAGGAAUCGCUAACGAAAAAAGUUCGACAGUACAUGGACCCAAAAUUUAUGACUGUCAGAGAUGCUGCAUUACAACUUGUGCAAAUAAUUGAUAAAAAACCAGAUGCAGGUUUAACAAGGGAAAAUUUAGCUGUAGGUUUGUCACGAGUUGGCGCCCCCGACCAACGUAUUGCGGUGAUGACCUUAGAGAAGAUGUUGGACUUAGAUCUUGGGCGGCCAUUGCACAGUCUUGUUGUACCAGCACCAAAAUUACAUCCCUUGGAAAUUGAUUAUUUGGAACAAUUUAAAUAAACAUUGUGAAUUUUUUGUAUUCAAGCUUUUGUUACUGAAUGUUAUGUGUAAAACAUUUUUU